GCAAUUUCAUCUCUAUCAUUGAGUCUCGCUGUUUCGUUUCAGCUGUUUCUUCACAAAAGAUGGUAUUCUUAGGGUAUUAAAUUCAAGUUAGUUAUAUUCAUGAGUUCUAAGGACAUAUAAUUCUAUAAAAGCCGCAACAGUAUAAGGAUAACUAUAAAUGGGUACAAAAUUUUCACGCCUCCUCUUUUUUGGCGUCAUAUAUUACGCAGCUAAGACAAAAUCAAGGCACUGGUGGUGUUCAAUUCAUCGCAAGGCAAAGAUAAAACAUUUUCAAGCGCCAUAUGGCAAAUCAACGAAUUACGAAUUCGUCUAAUCAGCAGCUUUUGGAUAUCGCCUCCACUUCCAUCGUUUCCAGAACACAUUUCACCGAAGGUGGUGUAUGUAUACACGUGUAUACGUGUGUGUAAAAACGAAAGGACCUUAAUUUCUUCAUAUCGUUUCAGUUUGACUAUGAUAUCUUUGUCUAACGUCUGUAUAUUGUGGGACGUUUCCUUUCGAGAGUUAAGAUCUUGGUUGAGAUCAUAGUUUGAUAACUAAUUUGAAGGUUGCAUCGCUGGGAUUUCAAAAGUAACAAGACUCUUCAAAACUCUGCACUCGUUUUGUUUUCAUCAUGGCGGCUGACAUGCGCGCCAUCCAACCUGAGUCUCUUUACAAGCUGCACCUGGAGUGUGAGGAGCGACCCGACGGCCGCAAACUGGACGCUGCGCGCGCCACGGUGGUGACACGCGGCGGCAUCACGACGGCGGACGGCUCGGCGUUCUGCCGCUCCGGCCACACGUCGGUGCUCUGCGGCAUCAAAGCGGAGGUGUGCACGCCGGCCACGGACGCGCCGCCCGACCGCGGCUGGGUGGUGCCCAACCUGGAGCUGCCGGCGCUCUGUCACCACCGGUUCCGGCCGGGCCCGCCCUCGGAGGCGGCGCAGACGGCCAGCGCCCAGCUGCUGCAGCUGCUGGACGCGUCCGGAGCGCUCGACCGCACCCAGCUCUGCAUCGAGGCAGGCCAGGCCGUGUGGGUGCUCUACUGCGACCUGAUCUGUCUGAGCCACGACGGUAACGUGCUGGACGUGGCGCUGCUGGCGCUGUCGGCGGCGCUCACCGACCUGCGCCUGCCCAGCGCCGAGUGGGACGCCACCGAGGAAAGGCUGCGGGUGAAACCCGCCGAGAGGACGCCGCUGAAGCUCGGCCCGCUGCCGCUGGCCGCCACCCUAGCCGUGUUCGAUGAGGAGACGCUCGUGCUGGAUCCGGCCGGAGACGAGGAGAUGCUGUGUGAGGCGUCAGUGACAGUGGCCUGGGCCGGCGACAGCAUGGUGUUGUUAGACAAAACCGGAGGGUGUGAACUGUCAUUGGAGGCUAUGGAUCGGUGUAUAGCGCUCAGCAAGAAGCGAUCACUGGAACUGAAGAAGCUAUUGGACUGUUGUACGCAGAGUGGGGAAGUGGAGAAGGACGAGUAAAUAUGUUUGUAACGAGGGUUUGUUCAUGUAAGCGUUCUUCAUUUCCGAUGGUUUUGAUAGUACAUUGUUUGAUAAACGUUAGUGUAAUAUGUCUGUUGACAAACAUUUCGUGCAGAAAUUCCCAAAUAAAUCAUUUCCACGCUCA